CUCGGAACGCUGUCCGUAUCAUGGCCGCGGGAGCCGGGACGGCUCGCUCCGCUUCCGGCCCGGGCGUCGUGCGUGACCCGGCGGCGUCACAGUCGAAGAAGCGUCCCGGCAGGGAGGGCGCGCAGCGAUCGGACGCGAUGGCGGGAGGAGGCGGGAGCAGCGACAGCAGCGGGAGGGCUGCAGGCAGGCGGGUGUCCCGCAGCGGCGGGCGGGCUCGGCGGGGGCGCCACGCACCGGGGCUGGGGGGCUCCGCGGAGCGGGGCGCGGGAGAGGCGCGGCUGGAGGAGGCAGUCAACCGCUGGGUGCUCAAGUUCUACUUCCACGAGGCGCUGCGGGCCUUUCGGGGUAGCCGGUACGGGGACUUCAGGCAGAUCCGGGACAUCAUGCAGGCUUUGCUUGUCAGGCCCUUGGGGAAGGAGCAUACCGUGUCUCGGCUGCUGCGGGUUAUGCAGUGUCUGUCGCGCAUUGAAGAAGGGGAAAAUUUAGACUGUUCCUUUGAUAUGGAGGCUGAGCUCACACCACUGGAAUCAGCUAUCAAUGUGCUGGAGAUGAUUAAAACGGAAUUUACACUGACAGAGGCAGUGGUCGAAUCCAGUAGAAAACUGGUCAAGGAGGCUGCAGUCAUUAUUUGUAUCAAAAACAAAGAAUUUGAAAAGGCUUCAAAAAUUUUGAAAAAACAUAUGUCCAAGGACCCCACAACUCAGAAGCUGAGAAAUGAUCUCCUGAACAUUAUCCGUGAAAAGAACUUGGCCCACCCUGUUAUCCAGAACUUUUCCUACGAAACCUUCCAGCAGAAGAUGCUGCGCUUCCUGGAGAGUCACCUGGAUGAUGCAGAGCCCUACCUCCUCACGAUGGCCAAAAAGGCUUUGAAAUCUGAGUCUUCCACCUCAACCACAGUGAAGGAAAAUAAACAGCCAGCACCAGAGCCUGUGGAAAAGCCAGUCAGAGAACCUGCCAGGCAGCUACAGAACACUCCAACCACCAUUGGAAUUAUGGCUCUGAAAGCAGCUUUCAAGACUCUGUCCAGUGCACAAGAUUCUGAGGCAGCCUUCUCAAAACUGGACCAGAAAGAUAUGGUAUUUCCUAAUAAAGUGUGCCCACCAUCACCAGCCCUCAAAAACAAGAGACCGAGAAAAGAUGAAAACGAAAGUUCAGCCCCUGCUGAGGGUGAGGGUGGCUCUGAACUGCAGCCCAAGAACAAGCGCAUGACAAUAAGCAGAUUGGUUUUGGAAGAGGACAGCCAGAGCACUGAGCCGAGCACAGGCCUCGACUCCUCCCAGGAAGUCAUUCCUGCUUCACCAUCCAAGCCCACCAUCCUCAACCAACCCCUCCCUGGGGAGAAGAAUCCCAAAGUAUCCAAAGGCAAGUGGAACAACUCUAAUGGGGUUGAAGAAAAAGAGACUUGGGUAGAAGAGGACGAACUGUUUCAAGUUCAGGCAGCACCAGAUGAAGAGAGUACAACCAAUAUAACAAGAAAGCAGAAGUGGACUGUAGAGGAAAGCGAGUGGAUCAAGGCUGGAGUGCAGAAGUACGGGGAAGGAAACUGGGCCGCCAUUUCUAAAAACUACCCAUUUGUUAACCGAACAGCUGUGAUGAUUAAGGAUCGCUGGCGGACCAUGAAAAGACUUGGCAUGAACUGAAACAGGCCUUCAUUUCCACAGAAUUCACAGGAGCAUGGUUCCUAAUAAUAGCCCCUGGUAGUCUGCUGUUUCUUUCAGAAGCUGGGCUGGGAUGAGAAUCUUGGGCAUCUUCCUCCCAUGUGGGGGAGGUCCCAGUUCCACUUCAUCACAGUUGGAGAUCAUGGAGCUGAGAAACAAAGCCAAGUUCACCCCAUGUCCUUGACAGAGAUGACAGGCACAUAGCUUGUACAGUGCCAGAAUACCAUUAGUAUUUCCCUUCUUUAGUGGUUUGCUUGAAUUUAAAUCCCUGGUAAUCAGUAGAACCUUCUCCUAGGAAAUGGUGGAGUCUGUUAGGAGUCACUUUUGACUCCAUGACCUGUUAAAACCAGCAACAUGAGCAUUAUUUGGAGCGAACUUGUUCCAGGUAAAGCUUUGGCCUUCUGAUGCACAUGCAAAGGAACUUCAUCUGUCAUGAGCCCAGGUUGAUGAGAGACCAGUCCUGGUGGAAUCAGAGUCCCUUUAAAAACUGUUUAGCCAGUUGUGACAUCAACUCCUAGACGUGACUGCCUUGGCAUUUGCUCUAUUUGCUGGGCUAUGUAGGCAGGUUUAACCUCCACUUCUCACGUGGUUGAACCAGUGUGUUUUUUGGUAAAAUGGUGAUUGUAGAUAAGCUUAGCCGCUCUCCCCAUCCUCUCUUCCCAAUUCCCUCCUUUAUGCUGGACUUUUAAAGCUUAAAAAAAUCCUGAUUGAGUAUAAAUGCCUAAUUCCAUUCUUUGUGAAAUGGUUGCUUCCGCCUGAUUCCCUAAUUGUGCUGUGUUAGUGUCUUGCACUGGAAUUCAACAUUCCCUUCUCCUUUUGUACUGUGUUGUGCUUGCUGUCUCUCAGACAUCCUUAAAGACUAUCUUUUUAGGAAAAAAGAAUUUCAGUAAAGUGUUUUCUGUAAUUUUUUAAAAAUGAGAACUAAUUAUUGUCCAUAACUUGUAGCAUUCUUCAUUAAAGUCUUGCUUCUCUCAAAUUUAAGUAGCUGUUUAAUUGCAGCUGAAAAGAUGGAGGUAGCAAAAUGUUGAACAAGCUUUGCUAAACCAUAUUGUCCAUGUUAAGAAGCUGAGGUCAAACUGUAUUGGAUGUUCUAAUCCUUGGAAGCUGUGCCAUACAGAGAUGUGAAAGUUUCCUCUUAAUUUGUCCAUUUCCUCCUACAACGUACCUCCGUGGACAAAAGAAUUCCUUUUUUCUCACUUUUGAGUGAGUGAAAGGCAAGAUGUAAAGAAAUGCUAAAGUUUAAAAAUUCAUCCUGUAGUUGAAAUUUGGAAACUUUUUACAGCUUUAUUACCUAUUAACUGCGUGUUUGGGGGUUGGGUACUGCUGUCUUUCUAGCAAUUAACCCCAAAUGAAACUACAGUGAGAAAGCAAGAACUUGAUCUCCACUCAAUCUGGUUGUAGCUACUUGUGAUCUCCCUCCAAACCAAGCUUUAGGAUCCAGAAGCUUUUUACCUUCACCUCUCACACUGUUAGAUGGCGCUCUCUGGGUAGAAGAAUGACACUGUGAUACAUUUAAGGAAGCAAAAUAUCCUAAUCGUGUUUCUCAAAAUUUGAGAAAUGCAUAGAUCCAUUAACAUUUUUUAACAUAACUUCAAUGCUAUCUUUAUUAUAAUGUUAUAAAAUGUGUACAGACAUAAAACUCUGCCUACAGUUUCUAUAGAACUAUACAGCUUACCAUGAACCGAUGACUGUUUUGCUGAAUCUAAGUCACUGCUCACCACAUGAGUAGUGCUAGGACUGUGGCAGUGGUGGGACUCUGGUGGGGAUGCCUGUGCCACUAUGUACUGAGAAAUGAUCCCAGUCUCUCCCACCUUCACCUUAGUGAGACUGCUGCACCUGCAGAGCCACUGUGCCCCAGACUGCUGUGAUGUCAUCUGGCCUUUGCUGGAACUGAACACAAUUAUGAAGUGUGUUCUUCAUAACAUAACACAUAGCUUGUGACAGUUAAAGUAUUACCACUUGGAGUCACUGUGAUGCCUUCUGAAGCAAUACUUGGUUAGAAGGUACUCAUGCUGUUUUGUUAAGAUUAUGGCUGAGAUAAAAACAUUUAGACAUUGUCAGAACUCAGAGACUGACAGAUACACUAUCCUGAUGGGUAAGAGUGUGAGGCCCACUCAGGGCCCCAGCUGUGCCAGCUGUGCUUGGAGAUGGUGAGUUAGCCACUGGAAUCUCUGGAUGUCCAUUUCCUCAUCUCUAAUGUAGUAGGUAAUGGUACUUCCCUUGUAGCCUGUUGUGAGAAUAAAAUAAGAUGCACAUAAA